AUGAGUGAUCAUCACUUGAUGUUUGCAUUGAUGCCUAGGGCCGUCAGUGAUACCUCUCAGACCUCUUCAACUUCUGUGUCAAGCUGUGAAAAUGAACCUAGUAAUGUGGUCGAGAGAAGGGAGGACUUGAGGCAUCAUGAAGCAUCUGUUACUCAGAUAAUAUCACCAGUGAAAGAACAUCCAUUAUCUCUUUCUGAAAUAAACAAUAGGUGUGAGAGAGUAAAGAGAAAUCUUUUCAAAACUGAAGAGGAAAUUGUUAAGAUAGAGUCUCAAACAAGACAACAAUCUGCUUGCCAAGAAUGGUAUAAGCACAGGUURGGUAGAGUGACAGCAUCAAAGAGUUACAGGGUGGGAUGCAAUCACAAAGCAGAUACAUCACCAACAAAAAUUAUCAAAGAAGUCAGUCAUAAGCGAUUUUUUGUUGAAAAGGAAAAGGGAAUUUUGGGGGCCUCCCCAGAUGGUCUGAUAACAGACCCAAGUAAGAGCAGUCCUCAUGGAGUCAUUGAAGCUAAAAAUGUCACUGUUAAGGAUAGUGAGACCCUGACAGAUGCCCUUAUAUGUAAAAUGUCUGAUACUGGUUUGAAAGUAAACCAGAGUCAUAUGUACUUUUAUCAAGUACAACAACAACUCUUUGUUGUGGACAGACUUUGGGGUGUCGUUGCUAUACUUGGAAGAAACGGAGAAUUUUUUCAUGGAGAAAUAGCCUUGACUUGAAAUUCAAUGUACCAGUGGGCUUUUGAUGGUAUUGAAAUUAGCUAAAAUUAGGCCUUUCGCUCACGAGCUUCGAUUAAGGUACUUGUAUCGGCUUAAAAUAUUAUAACACUUGGAGCUUUUGUUAAUCAAAUUAAUGCUUUGGAAACAGCAAGACAGUAAGGCAUGCCCGAGCGAAAAGAAAAUGCACAAUUUUCGGCCAUUUUCGGCGGCGGCUGGCAGCUAAAAUGGGAUUUUCGAACUUUCCUCGAUUUCAAAAAAAAAAUCUUGUCGUUGUCACGAGCAACUGGCUCCGUGUCCAUU